AUGAGGAGCGUAUUGUUAUGGAUCGCGGUGGCUGUAUGCUCGCUAGGCUCUGUCGCGGCGGUGAUUCGGAGCGAUGGAUUUGGAAAACCAAGAGAUACCGAGGCGGCGAUAUCGUUUCUUGGAAAACGAAUCGAUAGCAUCAAAGGCUUCCAUGUUUGCCUCGAUGGGACGCUGCCCGGUUAUCAUCUAGAUCGUGGGUUUGGUUCAGGUGCCAACCGUUGGAUUAUCCAUCUUGAGGGAGGAGGAUGUUGUAACAGCCAUAGUAGCUGUGUGUAUCGGAAAACAACUCGCCGUGGUUCCUCUAGAUUCAUGGAAAAAGCUUUGAACUUCACUGGAAUAUUGAGCAAUAAACCUCAAGAGAAUCCUGACUUCUUUCACUGGAACAGGAUCAUGUUGCGGUACUGUAAUGGUGCGUCUUUCGCUUGGGAUAGUCAGGACGAGGGUUCACAACUCUUCUAUAGAGGACAACGAAUUUGGCAAGUGGCUAUGGAAGAAUUCAUGUCUUUAGGCAUGCAGAAAGCAGACCAGGCUUUGCUUUCUGGAUGCUCAGCGGGAGGAUCAGCUUUGAGGUGAAUUUUAAUUUUUAAAAUUAAAUGUAGAUAGAGCAACGGCGACAAUAGCAAAAGAAGCACCGGACGGACACUGCAUACAUGACGGUGGCUACUGUAAGCUACGUCCUCAAGCCACCCCCAUACUAUCUGACGUCGUUUGACAUUUGUGGAAUCUCGAAGCACAUAAACAAAUGUAAAAGAGAUGGAUAAUAUUCUGUAAGAAAUAUAUUCUAUCUAUAGAGCAAACUUUCGAUGUGCAAGCUGAUGAUUCCAGAAAAGUUUAUCACCCACUGGCUGCGAGAGGUAAAGAGAAAAAAAAGUCAAAAUAUUUUCUUCAAAAAAGUCCCUGGUUAUCGACUAUGCACAGAAAACCACAUUUGUUC